AUGUCUCAAACGGCGACGUUGACCGAGACCGACAUCGGUGAUGGCGCCAUUGAGCUCGGCCACCGCCCCGGUCAAGAAUCCAAGACAGCGCCCGUGGCUCGCGAGCUGCGAGAGACACAUACUGCCUUGCAAGAUGAAUCUCCCCCUCCGACAAAUGCGAGGCAUGAGGUGGAGCGAUGGAACUGGCCGAGGGGGAAUGUCCCUCGGCUUGGCUUUGCUUUCCUGUCGUUCAUCAUCGCAGGGAUGAAUGAUGCGGCGAUUGGCCUUGAGCAAUACUACAAUCUGACCUACACCAUCGUGUCUCUCGUCUUCUUAACUCCCUUUGCAGGCUACGCCCUCGCCGCAUUCACCAAUGCCCGGAUCCAUGUGGCACUGGGUCAGCGCGGUGUCGCCAUCAUGGCACCCUUAUGCCACAUCGUCACCUACGUGGCCCUCUGUCUCCAUCCGCCCUACCCCGUGCUGGUCGUGAUCAACAUCAUCAGCGGCUUUGGAAACGGGCUGACGGACGCCUGCUUCUGCGCUUGGGUGGGCGCCAUGGACAAGGCGAACACCAUCCAGGGCUUCAUGCACUCUUGCUACUCAAUUGGUGCCCUGCUUGCUCCGCUUAUCGCCACUGAGUUUGUGGUGACCUUGAAGCGGCCCUGGUACGAGUAUUAUUAUGUCAUGGUUGGUAUCUCUGUGAUUGAGCUCGUCGGCUUGAGCAUGAGCUUCUGGCGCAAGACUGGUGCAGUCUAUCGCAGUGAACAUGUGAAUGAGACUGGUUCAGAAGGCGCUGGGACGCGAGUUGCGCUGAAGUCUAAGGUUACCUGGCUUUGCUCGGUCUUCUUUUUUGCCUAUAUGGGUGUCGAAGUUGGCCUCGGUGGCUGGGUCACAACGUUUAUGCUCCGUGUCCGUAAGGCAUCUCCUUAUGCAUCCGGUAUCUCGAGUACUGCAUUUUGGGCUGGUCAGGCUUUUGGGCGUGCCUCCAUGGGCUUUGUUACUGAGCGCUUUGGCGAGCGCAUAUGUGUGACCGUAUACCUGGCCAUCUGCAUCGGGCUACAGCUACUCUUCUGGCUGGUCCCGCGCUUCAUUGUGUCCGUCGUCGCAGUCGCCUUCCUAGGCAUGUUCCUCGGUCCCCUGUUCCCCGGGGCAGUCAUGGUCACGGCGAAGCUGCUGCCCAAGCAUAUCCACGUGAGCGCCAUUGGGUUUGCCAUGGCCCUUGGUGGGACGGGUGGCACGGUUUUUCCAUUUAUAAUUGGUGCCAUCGCCUCGAGCAAGGGAGUGGAAGUCCUGCAGCCAAUCAUACUUGCUUUGAUCAUAGUUGUUUCCAUAGUUUGGCUAAGCUUUCCCCGAAUCAAAAAGCCUGAAUAA